AUUACGAUUCAUCAUAACAUUAUUUUAUUAGUCACUGACACAAAAAUGGCCGAGUUGUUGUCGAUUCCAUUAAAAAAGUCUUCGGACGUAGAUCUGGUGAAGCCGCUGCGAAAUCUGAUCCAGGCGACUUACAGCGGCGCGGAGGCGGCCGACGAGUGCUGCGAGGCAGUCGCCGAGCUGGCUCGGCUGCGAGCUCAGGCCAUUUGGAAGCUGUUUGAUCAGUCGUCACUAGAUGUUAUUUACAACUAUUACGACCAGCUGGUGUCGCUGGAGAGCAAGGUGCCGCCGCAAGAAGUGGCGGUGCCCUUCAAGUGGAAGGACGCCUUCGACCGCGGCUCCAUCUUCGGAGGACGGAUGAGUCUCACGGUGAGCUCGCUGGCGUUCGAGCGCGUGUGCGUGCUGUUCAACAUCGGGGCGCUGCAGUCGGCGCGGGCGGCGCACGAGCCGCUGGACACCGAGGACUCGCUCAAGCUGGCCGCCAAGCUGUGCCAGCAAGCGGCCGGCGUGUUCACGCACCUGAAGGGCACGGUGCUGCUGGCCGUGCACCAGGACCCCACGCCCGACCUGGCGCCCGACACGCUGGCUGCGCUCGCGCAGCUUAUGCUUGCGCAGGCGCAGGAGCUCAUCGCCUACAAGUGCAUCCGCGACGAGAUGAAGGAGAGCAUGGUGGCGAAGGUGUGCGCGGCGGGCGAGGAGAUGUACGCGGAUGCGCUGCGGCUGAUGCAGCGCGAGGCGCUGAAGCCGCUGUGGGACCGCGACUGGCUGGCCGUGGUGGCGGCCAAGCAGGCGGCCUUCCGCGGCCUGGCGCAGCUGUACGCGGCCGGCGGGGCGGAGGCGGGCGCGGCGCCGGGCGCGGCGGGCGCGCGCGUGGCGCGGCUGCAGGCGGCGGCCGAGGCGCUGCGGGCGGCGGCGCCGGGCGGCCGCCUGGCCGGCGUGGGCCCGCUGCGGGACGCGGCGGCGCGGGCCGCGCGCCUGGCGCACGACGCGGCGCGGGACAACGACUUCAUCUACCACGAGCGCGUGCCCGACGCGGCCGCGCUGGAGCCGCCGGCGCGGGCCGUGGUGGCCAAGGCGCUGGCGCCGCCGCCGCGCUGGGCCGCCGGCCGCGACCUGUUCGCGCGGCUGCUGCCGCUGCCCGUGCUGGCGGCGCAGGCGGCCGCCGAGGCCCGCCGCGCCGAGCUGGUGGCGGCCGAGGUGGCGCGCCUGCGCGAGGCCACGCAGCUGCUCAACGGCGUGCUGGCCUCGCUGUCGCUGCCGGCCUGCGUGGAGGCGGCGGGCGCGGCCGGGCUGCCGCCCAGCAUCGUGGCGCGGGCCCGCGACGUGCGCGCCGCGGGCGGGCUGGCGGCGCUGGCGCAGCUGGUGGCCGAGCUGCCCGAGCUGCUGCAGCGGAACAAGGACAUCCUCAACGAGGCGGAGCGGAUGCUGCGCGAGGAGGCGGAGGCGGACGCGGCGCUGCGCGCGCAGUUCGGGCCGCGCUGGUCGCGCUCGCCCAGCGAGGGGCUCACCGAGGCCUUCCGCGCCAACGCCGCCAAGUACGCGCAGAUCAUCGACAACGCCGUGCGGGCCGACCACAUCGUGCAGCAGAAGUUCCAGCAGCACAGAGACAACAUCGAGCUGCUGUCCCGCAGCGAGGACGAGAUCGGCGCCGGCGUGCCGGCGGCGCCCGGCGGCGGGGGGGCGGAGGCCGGCGAGGCCGCGGACACGCUGCGGCGCCUCAUGCGCGACGUGGACGCGCUCAAGGCGGAGCGCGACGCGCUGGAGGCCGAGCUCAAGGAGGCGCGCGUGCCGCUGCAGGAGGCGCUGCUGGAGGCGCACGCGGCCGCGCGCCCGCUGGGGGCCGAGGCCGAGCCUGCGCUGCAGCGGGCGCUGGCGCCGCUGCAGGCGCGGGCCGCCGCCUCGCUGCGGCGCCAGGAGGACCUCGUCGCCGAGGUGCAGACGGCCCACGCGGCGCUGGCGGCGCCCCUGGGGGGCGGAGGCCGGGACGCGGCGCUGGGCGCGUUGGCCGCCGCCGCCGACGCCUACAGCGAGCUCAGCAACAACCUCAAGGAGGGCGUCAAGUUCUACAACGACCUCACGCAGCUGCUGGUGGCGUUCCAGAACAAGGUGUCGGACUUCUGCUUCGCGCGCAAGACGGAGAAGGACGAGCUGCUGAAGGACCUCACGCAGGAGGCGUCGCGGCCCGGCCCGCCGCCGCCCGCGCCCGCCCACGAGCCGGCCGCCGCCCGGCGCGAGCCCCCCCCGCGGCCCGCGCCGCCCGCGCUGCCCUACCCCGCGCAGCCGCAGGGCAUGCCGCUGCCGUACGCGGGCCCGGCCUACCCCUACUACGCGGCGCCCCUGCCGGCGCUGUACAACCCCUACGCCACGCUGCCCUACCCGCGCGCCGCGCCGCCCUACCAGCCCUACCCCGCGCCCGCGCCCGCGCCCGCCCCCCGCCCGCCCUACGACUCCUACCCGCAGCAGUAGCGGCGCCCCGGCGGCUGCUCGGUGCACUCGUAAUCUCGACGCGAUGGGCGACUCGCCGCACCUAGAGAUGACGUGUUGCUCUGAAUUAUUAUUAUUAUAACGUAGGUUAAGAAAUGGGUAUGUGGACCGUUACUAAUGUUGGAUUCUAAGGACUGUUGUUACAUAAUAGAUAAUAAGGCUCAAAUUAUCAUGUUACGACAAUAUACAGAACUCUCGAAGAAAAAAAACCAAUAGGUUAUUAUCUUGGCUGGGUCAAACCAGAACCUUUAGUUGCAAUGUAUGUCUGCCUAAAGAUCUGAUGUGCUACCGAGAUAUUUGUGCUGCAUGUCCGGCCGUGCGCUGUGUACUGCGCUCUAUGUUGUCUCCGAUGUGUUGUGAUCUUGGAAUGCCUUAUUUUCUUGGUUUAAAAUAUGUUAAUAACCUGAAUCUUUUUUAUUUCGAAAAUAUUUAAACUAUACUGUGAUGUGAUGAUGAUUAUCGUGUAUGAACCGCUGCGGGGCGGUCAGCAUUUACGAGUUGGCAGUAGGUGCUUGAAUGAUGAAAUUACUGUCAAUGGAAAGUGAAAUUAAUUUGAAUGUAACAUAUUUAUUAGUUUUUAUGAAAUUGUAAAAUGUAGGAAUUAAAUAAAUAUUGUUUUUGUCA